AAAGGGCCGGCGGAAAGAGGAAGAUCCUUCUCUUCAAGAUUUUCCAUGGCAAACCUUCUUUGUCUCAUGAUCAUCCCCUUCUUAUUGUUUCUUAAAACUAGCAAUGCAUAUUCAAAUCCUCAUUGUUCACCUUCUUCUUGUGAUAAUAUCAUCACCAUAACCAGUCCUUUCCGACUUAAUACCGAUCCAGAAGAGUGUGGUUACCCAGUUUAUGAGCUUUCUUGCGAGAACAAUCUUACUUUGUUAUACUGGAACUCUGUCAAGUACUUCGUGCGUUCAAUCAAUUAUGCCAAUUACACAAUUCGAAUUGUGGACUCCAACCUUAACAAAACCAAUUGCUCCUCUCUCCCAAAUAACUAUCAGGGAGAAGAUUCGUACAAUGGUUUCCUUGUUUACGGUCGCUGGAAAAUUCCAACAAAGACUAUAGUAUUCUUGAAAUGUGCAAAUCCUGUAAAUUCCUCUGAUUAUAUAGACACCGCUCACUGCAAUAUUGGUGCUACUUUAGCCUCCCAACAUUCCAAAACCAAAACAACUGCUGAUCAUGUUUCUUCAUCUUCUUAUUAUUAUUAUGUGGUCGAUGGUAUGUUUCACGUUUCUGAUUUGGCGAGCUCGUGCCGCCCGGUGCUAAGGACCUUGGUAUCGAAUCAGUCAGUUGUGAACGGAAGGAAUACUUCUUUUGUGGAUAUUCACAACCAGCUUACAGAUGGCUUUGAGAUUUCAUGGUUGAUAUCAUUCUUCAAAAAUGGAAAUAAUGAAUGCUACAUCGAUUAUUCCAACGAGAUGCGAUGUUUAGCUUCGACGACGGCUGGUGUAAUAUUAUCAUGGAUUAACACUUUCAUAUCCCUUUUAAUGGAUGCGCUUUAUAGUUUGUAUCACGGAAAAGUAGGUCAAUGCUUCGGUUCCUUAGGCAGUUUCUCCAGGGAGAUAUGUGGGGCAACGGCUGGAAAGAUAUCAGUCUCAAUAAUGGACGGUGUAGUGUUACACACAGGAUUCAAAUUUAUAGUUGGGACACCAUUUGUAGUUGCCUUUGUAAUCUAUAAAUGGCGACGACGUCAUUUAUCAACAUAUGAUUCUAUCGAAGAGUUCCUUCACAAUCAAAAUAAUUUCACUCCUAUAAGAUACUCAUUCAGUGAGAUAAAAAAGAUGACCCAAAACUUCAAAAACAAAUUAGGAGAAGGAGGUUAUGGCUCUGUAUUCAAAGGAAAGCUUCGUAGUGGUCGUACUGUAGCAGUUAAGGUAUUGAGUAAAUCAAAGGGAAAUGGACAGGAUUUCAUUAAUGAAAUAGCUACAAUUGGAAGAAUUCACCAUGUUAAUGUGGUUCAUUUGAUUGGUUUUUGUGUCCACUCUUCAAAGAAUGCUCUUGUAUAUGAUUUCAUGUCUAAUGGAUCAUUGGAAAAAUAUAUUUUUUCUCAAGGAAUUACCAUUUUAAGUUGCAAGCAAAUUUUUGAAAUUUCGCUUGGUGUGGCACGUGGGAUUGAAUACAUGCACCAAGGAUGUUACAUGCAAAUCUUGCACUUUGAUAUUAAACCUCACAACAUUCUUUUGGAUGAAAAUUUUAUUCCAAAAGUUUCUGAUUUUGGAUUAGCAAGAUUAUGCCCAUUGGAUAAUAAUAAUGUGUCCUUAACUGCAGCAAGAGGAACUUUAGGAUACAUAGCGCCAGAGCUAUUUUACAAAAACAUUGGAGGAAUUUCUAAUAAAGCUGAUGUGUAUAGUUUUGGAAUGUUGUUGAUGGAAAUGGCAAGUAAAAGAAAAAAUUUAAAUGCGGUCGAAAAUACUAGCCAGAUUUACUUUCCGUCAUGGGUGCAUGACCAAUUAAGUCAAGAAAAAAAUAUAGAAAUGAAAACAUUUGAUACAGACGAGGUCGAUUCAAGAAUUGCAAAGAAGAUGAUUAUAGUAGCAUUAUGGUGCAUACAACUGAAGCCAAGUGAUCGUCCUACAAUGAACAAAGUUAUUGAAAUGCUUGAAGGAGAAGUUGAAUGUCUACAAAUGCCUCCAAAGCCUUCCUUGUAUCAACUAGAGAAGCCUACUGAGCAUGUUCAAGAGACAUCAUAUUCACAACACCCAAUAAUACCAUCAUUAACACUACAAAGAUAGGUAUGGCCCCAAAUCCAAAUGAUUGACAUUUGUAAUUUUAGUAUUUUGUUAAAAUACUUAACAUUAUUGGUUUUGAUUUUUGUAAUAUCAAAAUAUAAUUAUAUGUUAAACA